AUGGCAGCCGAUAACGCAAAGUAUACUUCGUGUCCUGUUGACCUUCGUAUCAGCACGCGCCCAAACAAUGCCGAGGCAGUCCCUGGCUUGCUGAAGGAGGUUAUCGAAGGUGUUAACAGCCUACCUACUGGAACUGAUGAGGACCGCAAGAAUGUGUUAAUCAAGUGUCGAGCUUUAGUUGGAGCUCUGGAGACUCCUCGCGAGAUAAUGGUUGACCACUGUUGGGGACAGUUUGGUGCAAUUUCGGCUAUUGGGUUUGGCGUGGACUCGGGCUUAUGGGUGUUGAUGGCUCGAAAUGGCGACCAACCCCAGAAGGUUACCGAUCUGGCUGCGAGUCUUGGGGUCGAUCCCAGACUUCUCAGUCGUCUGAUGCGACAUAUCGGUGCUAUGGGACUCCUCAUCGAGGUCGGUGAUGAUGAGUACAGACCCACAAACUUUACUAAGGCGCUGAGCCUUCCUCAGAUUGGACAUGGGUAUCUUGGUUUUACCGCGUGCACUGGUGCAGGUACCUUGAAAUUCCACGAGUUUGCCCGCAAGCGGAACUGGGUGAAUCCGACAGACAAUCAGGACACAUCUCUGAUGUACGCCUAUGGUACCGAUAAGGAUAUAUUUUCUUUCGUGAAUGACUUGGGCUAUGGGAAACACCUGAAUGAUUACUUUGGGGGUUACAAUCUGGGUCGCCCAUGGUGGAUGGACCCUGGUGUCUAUCCUGUGAAGGAGAGGCUCAUCGAUGGGGCCGAUCCUAGCCCAGAUGCACCAUUCCUCGUGGACAUCGGUGGCAACGUGGGCCAUGAUUUGGAGAGGUUCCGCAGUCGUUUUCCGAACACCCCCGGGAAAUUAAUCGUUCAAGAUUUGCCUUUGAUGAUUCGCCAGAUCAAGGAUCUAGAUCCGGCUAUAGUCCGAAUGGAGUAUGACUUCCAUGAUGAACAACCCGUUAAAGGUGCCCGUGCCUAUUAUAUACACUCAACUCUGCACAACUGGUCAGACGAUGUAUGUGAAAUCGUACUUAAACGAGUGAAAGAGGCCAUGAAGCCUGGAUAUAGCAGACUAUUGAUCAACGAGAACGUUGUGCCAGACAUCGGUGCCCAUUGGGAGACCACGGGACUCGAUAUGAUGAUGCUAACCCUAUUCUCUGGCGAGGAGCGGACUAGCACAGCGUGGUAUGACCUGAUUGAGAGGAGGGCAGGUCUGAGAAUUGUGAAAAUUUGGGGCGCUGGAAAGGGGGUAGAGAGUGUGAUUGAGUGUGUCAAUGAGCGUUAG